AUGCAGGAGUUCCGAGCUGAGAGGUGUGCUGGUCACUGGCUGCACGCAACGCUUGAACUCUCUUCAAAGAUGUCAAAAAUAUACGACGAUGUAGAUCCAGAUUACGCCGCAACGUGUAGCGACGUGACCUUGUAUUCCAAUAAGAAAGGUUUCUUCAAGAACUUGGCUGAUGAGGUGGUCUCAAUAGCUGAAUCCUCGGGCUUUACAGACAUAUUUGAAAGGGUGGACGAGAGAGCUAAAUUAGCUGCAGUCAUGGAAAAUGAAGCGAUUAUGCUUACACUGCGAGAUGCUUUCUCUCGAAUCCAGCCAAUUUUUAGAAGUAAAGAUGCAAGAGUAUCUCACGAGAAACGUUUGGCGGCCGAAUCUGCCCUACGAGAUGGUGACGUUACGAAAGCACUGACCCUGGCCAACCAGGCUGUUUUUCGGGCACCGAUGACUGAUGUCGAUGACGUAAUUGAUGGUGGGGUGUCCCUUGCGCUUGCCCUAUGGGCUAGAUCUGAAGUAUUACUAAAGUGUGACAAACCGUACGCCGCUUUGGAAGACCUGAAGGUGGCACUGAAAGAACGGCUCCCGUUGAAGAUGCGAGCUCAAUAUUAUUGGCGAAUGGGGCAUUGCUACAAAGGAGCGAAUGAGUCGACAAGAGCAAAAGUUUCUUACGAACUUGCUAUAAGAUUAUUAAGUAAGGAUGAAGACGCGAAGAAUCAAUUACAAAGGGAUAUAGAUUCACUGGACUAUGCUGUCGAAAAGACAAGUUUUCGGAAGAAUGAAGGUAUACAGGUAACGGGCGGAGCGAAACUAAGUAGGCCAAGUAUGUCAAAUUUGUUAAGAAUAACCGAGGAAGAAAACAAGGGGCGCUUUGUUGUAGCAGCUGGUCAGAUACAAACUGGCGACGUCCUUUUAGUGGACAGCCCCUACGCAUCGUGUCUCGAAUCGGAUUACUACGGAUCACAUUGUUCUCAUUGUUUCAAAAGACUCGAGAGUUGCGACAAUAGCGCGCCUAUUUGGUGUCCAAAUUGCUCGGCCGUUGGCUUCUGUAGCGUUAAAUGCCGUGAUGUUGCCGUGACAACCUACCAUUCGCACGAGUGUAAAUUCCUCGACCUUUUUAUAGGUUCUGGUAUGUCAGUACUUAGUCAUAUAGCUCUAAGAAUGAUAACGCAGGCAGGAUUAGAUACAAGUUUACGAAUAUACUCUAAUUAUAUUGACAAUGGUAUUAAAUCUACCAAAGAUGAUCAACUAGGCGAUAUCGAGGGUUCCAUGAAAAGGUUGAAAAUAAAAAGCAGGAAAGAGAGAAUAAACAGAUCAAAAAGAAAUCUCAAGAACUCCGAUUACGUUGUUAAUUUUGACGACACAAAGAGCAGUGAGAAUAAAGGCAGUUAUCAAGACAAUUUAGAGACAACAAUUGGUCAAGUAUACUCCUUAUGUACCCAUUCUACUGUAAGAAAAGGUCAGGAUUAUCUGAAACGAGUGGUAAUGGCUAUGUUUCUCACUGAGUGUCUCAAAAAGGGGGGUUUUUUCAAUCAAUUGGAUAAGGGGAGCGCGUUGAGGGCUGAAAGGACAAUUUGCGAACUUAUAAUCCACAACCUGCAACUGCUCCAGUUCAAUGCGCAUGAAAUUUAUGAAACUAUAAGAGGCCAGCAUACAUUUUCUGGUUCGAAGCCAAUCUAUGUUGCGGUCGGCCUUUACCCCACCGGAGCCUUGUUCAAUCACGAAUGCUACCCGGCCGUGGCGAGGUAUUUCGAAGGUAAUAAGAUUGUACUUCGUGCGAUUCGGCGUCUUCAGCCCGGCGAAAUUGUCUCUGAGAAUUAUGGACCACAUUUCUUGAUUAGAAAUCUCAAGGAGAGACGUAGGGCCCUCGCAUGCAGAUAUUGGUUUCGAUGCGAGUGUAUCGCGUGCAGAGAAGAGUGGCCAACGCUCAAGCAAACGUCAUCUAACUCGGCGAUUUACCUGCGGUGUCAGAACUUAGAUUGUUGCUAUAAAUAUCAAGCUUAUGCAAAAUGUCUACCAAAUCGAUGCCCUCGAUGCUCAACACUAAUCGAUCCCAAACUGGUAAAACUAUACAUGACUAAUAUUGACGAAUGUCACUCUCUGUAUCAAGAAGGGACUAGGUUCAUGGAGGAGGAAAAGAUUGAGGAUGCGAUCACAAGUUUUUGUAAAGGAGUGCAAAUUUUUCAUGAAGUAGCAGCACCGCCGGACAGAGACACUCAUCUGGCCCAGGAAUCGCUCAGAACUUGCUUUGCCGCUUUUGGGAACGUUCACAGCAUUUCUGAAACCACACUUAGCAAUGUAGUUUAA